CUCCUGCCUGCUUGUCGCGGGUGGUGCUGCUGCUGUGGUCUCGCAGGCCCAAAGGUGAGGGUUUGAAACAUGUGCUUAACUUCCAGACCAAAUACACCCUGAUAGACGAGCAAGACAUCCCGCUGGUGGAGAGCUACUCCUUUGAGGCCCGCAUGGAAGUGGAUGCAGAUGGAAAUGGUGCUAAGAUCUUUGCAUAUGCCUUUGAUAAGAACCGAGGCCGGGGAUCGGGAAGACUCCUUCAUGAGUUGCUGUGGGAGCGGCACCGGGGUGGCGUGGCCCCCGGGUUCCAGGUGGUGCAUCUCAAUGCUGUGACCGUGGACAAUCGCCUGGACAACCUGCAGCUGGUGCCGUGGGGUUGGCGGCCCAAGGCUGAAGAGACCUCCAGCAAACACAGUGGCAUGAAGGCAGUGGACAGUGGGGCUCAGGGCUCAGGCUCCCACUUCCCACGGUCCUGA